GGUAUAUGGUGAAGGCACUUACACACAUCUUGAAACUUCUUUCAUCGAACAGGAAGUGCUGGUUCAAUUCAUUUCUGAACUCACUGAUAGUGAUUUUGAAAAAUUAGGUAUAGAGAAGAUUGGAUGGCGAAAAGUCUUAAAACGGGCAGCAUUGAAAUAUGCCUAG